AUGGCAUUUGUCUUUUCCCAGACUCGUGAGAUUGAGGCCGCGAAUGAAAAAUAUGCGGCGGCCUUUACUAAGGGCGACCUUGCGCUGCCUCCUGCUCGCAAGGUAGCGAUUGUUGCUUGCAUGGAUGCUAGACUAGAUCCCGCCAAAGCUCUAGGAUUGCAAGAAGGCGAUGCCCAUGUCAUUCGGAAUGCUGGAGGACGUGCUAUUGAGGCCAUUCGAAGCCUGAUCAUUUCUCAGCAGCUUCUUGGAACACGCGAGAUUGUGCUCGUACACCAUACUGACUGUGGCAUGUUAACUUUCUCCGACGAGUCAAUUCGCCAAAAGGUCCGAUCUGAACUUGGACAGGAUGCCGACCAUAUUGCAUUUUUGCCAUUUACAGACCUGGAAGCUAGCAUUGUGGACGAUGUCAAGCUGCUUGAGAACCAUCCUCUGCUUAUUGAUGUACCAAUUACCGGUUAUAUCUACGACGUUAAGACAGGAAAUAUCACCAAGGUGCAGCGCGUUUAG